UUCAACAUCGCAAACACGAGAUCAUCUCGGCAAACUCAAGCACUAAAGUCAUCCGGCGCUCUUCUUUACUAGAUAUUCAAAGUGAAGCCGUCCUCGUCUAGGCGCGCGCUAAGGAUUUACCUUUUCAAACGGGAUACAAUGUAACCAUGAUUGAGUCAUGCAGAAGUUCUCUUAACUGAAGAAGUGAUACGAUGGGGAAACUGCACUCAAAACAUGCUUGCAAACGUCGAGAGAAUCCCGAAGGGGAUAGUUUUGUUGCGAAUUCCUUUAUUUCAAGAGGAGGGCUUGAAGAAGGCGAGAGAUUUGGCACAUCUGAUCCCAGUCUGAAAGAUUAUCAGAGCUGCGAGCUGAAGGAGGGACAGUUAUCGGCUCAUCGCAUCCCCCUGGCGGUGGUUUUGCCUCCGGAGAAGGCCGAGGGAUGUGAGAGUUUUCUGCAGUAUCUGCACGCUGAGGAUGGAGAGAAAGACACACUGAAGGAAACCUGCAAAUCAAAGAAACGCAUCAGUCUAGAUGACCUUGAGUGUAACGUGUCGCUGGGUGAUGACAACAGGCAGGAAUGGGUCUUCACCCUCUAUGAUUUUGACAACAGUGGAAAGGUGACAAAAGAGGACAUGUCCAGUCUGAUGCACACUAUCUAUGAUGUGGUGGAUGCGUCUGUCAAUCAUUCCUGUAACAGCAAACGAAAGACCCUUCGCGUCAAACUGAUGGUUACACCUGAACAUGGAGUUUGCAGGAGAAACCCUUCACACCUCGGGACUGAAAGAGACGUGAAUCGUAUGAGUCGCGUUGAGUCUGAUCACCCAGAUCACAACAGACGGCAGCACACACACAUCAGGGGUCAGACUGCUGAACCCGAGAGGAAUCAUUACUGUGUGGAUGAGAACACAGAGAGGAGGAAUCACUAUCUGGAUCUGGCUGGAAUCGAGAACUACACCUCCAGAUUUGAAAGUUCCUCUCCACCUGCAGCCCAACAAGAGCAGACCUCGCGAGGUUCACAAUCCCAGAGUCGAUCCCGAUCUCACGAGCCAGAGGCCCACGCCCACCAGCGGUGCUCGCAGGUCAUCGCCGACCACUGCGUAGCUCUGGACCCACGCACGCGAAACGGGCCCCAGUUCAUCAAAUCGCCCAAGGGGACGUCCAAAGGAGCAGGUAUCAGCCAGGCAGUGGCCAACGGAGGGAGCAAGAUCAGCAAGUGCCACGGCUACUAUCCGCCCAUGCAGGGCGUGCACGCACCGGGUGGCCAUGGGGGUCAGGAUGUGUAUCACCUACCCCAACAGAGCCAUCCACAACCGGGUCACCAACACCCUCUCCAACACAGCCACAGCAAGAGAUUGCGGGCCAAAGCGAGAGAACAGCCCAUGUCGCCUUCUAAACAACCCUCACCCAACAGUCCAUCGGCGCUCGAGCGUGAGCAGUCCUCUGGCAUGCUUUCGGGCAGCACCACAGGCUUUGUGGUGCCAGUCGUCCAGCGACACGAGCACCACCAUCACCACGAACAUCACCAUCAUCACCACUACCAUCACUACCAUCAGACAUGACUUCCUGUAACACAUCGCCCUGCUCGCCGCAACUGAAGGAAUUGCAACGGAACGGUCGCCCCCGAUUCUUAAAGGGAUAGCUUACCCAAACUUGUGUCGUUGUAAACCUGUACAACUUUCUUUUGCUGUCUUGUUUACAAUGAGAGUGGAAGGGUAUUGGGGCUGUAAAGCUCCAUAAGUACAAAACAAAUAACAUAAAAUGUUCAUCAAAGUAAUCGACCCGAUUCAUGAGCUAUAUUCCAAGUCUGAAACGUACGUCGUUACUCUCUGAAAUCGACAUUCUGGCCAUAAGUAACUCGUGUCCCGUAAGGUUUUGACAGACAUGUAGGUGAAUAAAUAACAACAGAAAUUUCAUUUUUGGGUGAACUAUUGCUCUAAACUCAUUACGCCCAGUCUGCUUUCACUGCGGAUAUGCGAUCAUCACUGAACAUUGCAUGUAACUGAGAUAUUCCUGAAGUCACACAUCAAAAUCAGAUAUUUUUAUUCGAAGUCCAGCUCUUCAUUUGUGUCAGGUUUGGAAGGAUCAUUCCUGCUAUGCAUUACCUUUAAAACUCUGUAACUUGAAGUAUAAUUUGCGUUGCGUUUCUUUAAAAUGGUGUUCCAGACAUUCGGAAGUAUGCUCUGGUCAAAUUCAGGCACUUAAAGGAAUAUUCCGGGUUCAAUACAAGUUGAGCUCAACUGACGGCAUAAUGUUGAUUACCACAAAAAUUAAUUUCGACUCGUCCCUCCCUUUCUUUAAAAAAAAGCACAAAUGUGUGUUCCAGUGAGACACUUACAAUGGAAGUCAAUGGGGUCAAUCUGUAAACAUUAAAAUAAAGAAGUUCAUUGUGAUCUUUUUACAUUUUAAAUGGAUAGAUUUAUAGAAAUGAAUGAUUUCUAUAAUUUUAUCAAACAGGAUGGAAUGUUUUAAAGUGAGACAAACCAACUAAUUCCACAAAACAUCACAGAAUUAUUACGAUCUCCAAAAAAUGUGAGUUUGAUAUUUUAUCUGUUAUAUCAGGCAGAUAUGAUGGGUGACUCUGAAAUGUACUGCAUUGUAGGAAUAACCCCGUAACAUGUCAAAUUGUACAGUAAGCCGUGUUGUUCUUGAUGUUUCUCUGCCGCUCAGAUGUGGUUUUGUGUGACGUCUACAAAUAUUUUCUCCUAUAUGUGGAUCUCAGGUGAAUGGUGCUGCUUUGUAGCUUUUCUGGAAAAAAAAAAAAAGAGGCAAUUUCUCCUUUAGGAGACCCGCCGUGGACUGAAGGUCUCCUCUCUUACUAGAGAAAAUAUCACCACUGCUAGUUUUAAUGCUAAAAUAUCUUCCUUUAUGUUUAUAAAUGAAAACUAUAUGAAUUUAAACAUUUUACUGUAUGAUUAUACUCCAAAUGCAUAUUUAUCAGGAUUUAUCCGUAUGCAUCUAUGCUUUUGUUUUUGAUAUAUGUUUUAAUAAAAUACUUAUUAUCUAGUG